AUGGCUGAUGAUUUUGCACCGCCCGCAGAUGGUUUUGCACCCGCUGAGGAUAAUUGGGCCACGGAAGAUGUUGCUGGUGGGCAAGGGGAUAUGCAAAUGACUACAAUUGAUUUUCCUGAAAUUAAAUUGUUUGGUAAAUGGUCUUUGAGCGAUAUCGAAGUUAAUGAUGCUUCUUUAGUGGAUUAUAUUGCUGUUAAAGACAAAUAUGCCAAAUAUUUGCCACACAGUGCUGGUCGUUAUCAAAUCAAACGUUUUCGUAAGGCGCAUUGUCCGAUUGUUGAACGUUUGGUUUGUUCGAUGAUGAUGCAUGGACGUAAUAAUGGUAAAAAGUUGAUGGCUGUUCGGAUUGUGAAGCACGCUUUUGAGAUUAUACAUAUUUUGACUGGAGAGAAUCCAGUUCAAAUACUUGUUGGUGCUGUUAUUAAUGGAGGACCACGGGAGGAUUCUACUCGUAUAGGUCGAGCUGGAACUGUUCGUCGUCAGGCUGUUGAUGUUUCGCCUCUUCGUCGCGUUAAUCAGGCGAUUUGGCUUUUAUGUACUGGGUCUCGUGAAGCUUCUUUCCGUAAUAUCAAAACAAUUGCUGAAUGUUUGGCUGAUGAAUUAAUUAACGCGGCAAAAGGUUCGAGCAACUCUUAUGCUAUCAAAAAGAAGGACGAAUUGGAGCGAGUUGCAAAAUCUAACCGUUAAAAAAGGAUAAUAUUGAAAAAGUUGGAAAUUAUGUUGUCUUUUGACUGUUAAGUUUUAUCUGUUAAGGUCAUUUGUUAAUGAAUAAAUUUAAAAAAAAUUCAAAAUUUUAAUUUGAAAAUUUGUAUUUUACAGAAAAAUAAAAUUUCAGUCUCUUAUCCAGUGUAUAAUUUCCAUGGAUAUUCUUUUAAUGUUUCCAAUAAGAUAAGGGAGGAAGAUAAGAUAAAUUGAGAAAAAUCUCUCAGGUUCUAUUAAUUACAAACAAACUUUUCACUUUUUAUUUACCUGGGAGCUUUUCUAUUCUAAAUUAUCCACAAUUGUUAUUUUUUAUAUUCAAUUUUACUUUUGUAUAGUUACUACAUUUUUGGAAUGCAAUUUUCUCUUUAAAGGUUUAUCGAUUAAACGAAUAACUCUAGCAAGGCCUGCUUUCCGCUGCCAAAAUCGAGGUCAUCCAUUCCCAACAAAUACCCAAACCUUGCUGGUCAUCAAAACAU